AUGGCAGAGCCAACUGUUACCGUUGUUAUUAAGCGCAUUCGUUCUAUAGUUGAUGAAGAAACGGAGAUCUUGGGACCUGUUAAGGACAAAUUUGCUGAGUUGCUGUCAAAAACCGAGAAUCUUACAAGCUACCUAAACUGUGCAGAUGAAAACACACUUCUCACAGAAACAGCUACCAAAUAUGAGAAUGCAACUGAUCAAUUCAUCUACAAAGUGACAUCUGAAAGCAGAGGAAGUUGCAGCUUUCUUAGAAGGUUUCUUGUGGAAAUAGCUCAUGAAUCUGAAGACAUUAUUGAUAAUAUCAUCUACAAGAUUGCAUAUGAACGUAGUAGACGAUGUGGCUCUUUAAAAAAGUAUGUCUGCAAACCAUGCUUUCAAAUAGACCCUCAACACAUCAAGAAAAUAGAAGGCAUAAUAAAGAGACUGGACCAAGCAAAAGAUGACAUAGAACCCUAUGUUACAGUUGUUAUUCGGCACAUUCGUUCAAUACUUGAUGAAGAAACGGAGAUCUUGGGGCCUGUUAAGGACAAAUUUAAUGAGUUGCUGUCAAAAGCCGAGAAUCUUACAAGCUACCUAGACAAUGCAGAUGAAAACACACUGCUCACAGAAAUAGCUAACAAAUAUGAGGAUGCAACUGAUCAAUUCAUCUACGAAAUGACAUCUGAAAGCAGAAGACGUUUUGACGUUCUUAGAAGGUUUCUCGUGGAAAUAGCUCAUGAAUCUGAAGAAAUUAUUGAUGAUAUCAUCCACAAGAUUGCAUAUGAACGUAGUGGAAGAUGUAGCUUUUUAAAAAAGUAUGUCUGCAAACCAUGCUUUCAAAUAGAAACUCAACACAUCCAGAAAAUAGAAGGCAUAAUAAAGAGAUUGGACAAAGCAAAAGAAGACAUAGAACCCUAUGUUUUGGAACCAAAAAAGGAACCAACAGACCAAAGGCUGAGAUCUUGGGAUAAGACAGAGAAGCUUCCACCAACUAACAGCUAUCCCCACAAGCUAGUUGGCUUGACAAAAGACAUCAGCUCUCUGGUAGAGAAAAUAAUUCAGAAAGGAAACACAAUGAGCGUCCUGUACAUUGUGGGGACAGGAGGUUCUGGGAAAACCACCUUAGCCACAGAGCUUAACAAUCAUCCAGAAAUCAAGGAACACUUCAAAUCUGUAGUGUGGGCAUCAGCAUCAGAAAAGAAGGAUGCUAAAAAUAUCUUUCUCGAAAUCUUGAGAAAAACUCAAGGGAAGGAUGAAGAUGUAAACAGCAGCACAAUCACAGAGAACUUGGUGAAUAAGAUAUGCAAUAUCCUAGAAGAGAGGCCAUAUCUGAUCAUUCUUGAUGAUGUGGAGGAUCCAGAUAAUUUAGCCACCCAUUUGUUUCCCAUGUUCCAGCGCUUGAGUUAUAAAAGCAAAAUAAUAAUUACCACUCGUGCCACCCCCAGCAAUCCCUACAAGCAGAAGGAGUUUACUGUAAACUCAGAUGAGAAUGUAAAUUCCCUGGCUGAAAAAUUAACCAUGAAAAAGACCCAUGAAUCAAGCAUCUUUCACAUGCCUGCAAAACAAGCCACUGUCUUGCUCCUUGAUAGUCUCUAUAUGGAAGAUGCAAGACUGAAAGAACACUUUGAUUCUAGGAAAUGGGUAAACAUAGAGGAUGACUGGGAUAACAGUCACAUUCUGCUCAACAUCUUACAAGAAGUCACAACGGGUACCAUCCCCUCAAAAGAAAAGGUAAUGACUGAUAUCAACAAUAGAAAAGAAAGCCCAAAUGUUGAUGAAUUGGUUACAAGGAUAGAGGAAUUCCUAGCAAAAAAGGCCCUAAUUGUUCUUCACCAAGUGCAAAACGCAGAAGAUCUAGUGAAUCUUUUGCAUCCUAUACUCGAGAAAACAAAUCACAAAAGUAAGGUGAUAUUCGUCACCGACAAUCUUCCAACAGAGCUUCAACAGAAUGAAGAAUAUAUAACUGGCGAGGACCUCCUGGAUGCUGAUCAUCUAGUUGGGAAAUUAACAGGGGAAGGGGAACAACCAUAUUUGUUUUCGAUCAGAGACUUGGAUAGUUCUGGUUGCAACAAAGACCUAGCUAGAGUACUGUAUAAUCAUCCAAUAGUCAAACAACAUUUUGAGGACGAGAACAGGUUUUGGAUCACUAUACCUAGAGGGUCGGAUGCUGAAUCAGGAAUGCGCCACAUCAUUAAAAAUAUCACUGGAAAUAAUCCUAGCAUACAAGGAUCAAGCACAAAGAAAUUGGCAAAUGUAUUACUUAGUGCUCUAGAGGAGAAAAAGUACCUGCUUGUUCUAAAUGACAUGGGCGACGCAGAAGACUUGGUUUUUGACUUGGUUGCAGCUCAAAGUAGUACCAAAACUCACAAAAAGGAACGUUCUCUCCAAAGUAAGAUAAUAAUCACCACUGGUAAUCCUCGAAUCAUUCGGCAUUCAAACUUAAAAUGCUUCUUAUAUGAGAUGCAACCUCUACCUGAAAAUGAAAGUUGGGACUUACUUUGCAGCAUAGCUUUCAAUCACGCAAGAAGUCGACCAAGCAUAGGGCAGAUAAUUGGCCAAUUCAAUAGAAAAUCAAAUAGAGAGAUGAUAAGAAAGAUUGAAAUGCUACAAAACUGUAAAGGCAUACCUUUGGCAAUAGUUGUGUUAGGAGGGCUCUUAAGCACCAAAGAAACUGUUGAAGAAUGGGAAGUAGUGAGUACUUCCUUCGGUUCAGAGGCAACACUGUCAAAUAAGGCGUUGGAGAACAUACUACUGAUAAGCUAUCGCGAUCUUCCUAGUGACGUAAUGCCAUGCUUCGUUUACUUCGGCCUCUUUCCACAACACUCUGAGAUUCCGACAGGGAUGCUGAUUAGGAUGUGGCUAUCUGAAGGUCUAGUAACAUUAGAUCCUCCAUCUGGUACACGACAGACGUUGGAAAAUGUCGCAGCACAGUACCUGGAGGAAUUAGCAUGCAGGUGCCUCAUUCAAGUCGUGAGGAGAAAUCACGUUGGAGAAAUGAAGACCAUCCGUUUGCAUGACAAGAUUCAUCAGGUUUCCGUCACAAAAUCAGCAGAGUUAGGAUUUCUUGAAAUAUAUCCCCACACACAAGCCAUGCCUCUGCUUCAGGCUGCCACCCAUUCCAGGGGUGAUGUUCCUCAAAUCAGAGAAAUGCUGUUACGAAGGACUACAAUACAUCCUGGGAAAUUCAAUAAGUAUCCGACAGAGAGUCCGAAACUUAGAACUUUAGUUCAAUUUGGGAAACAUGGAUUAUCAGCAAAGCAUUAUUAUUUUCAGCAGGAUGCUUUGCCGCUAGACUUGGAACCAAUACACGAACAUUUCAAGCUACUCAGGGUCUUGAUUCUCUCUGGAACUAGAAUUAGAGCUCUUCCGGAACAAGUAGGGGAACUGAUGUUUCUGACCUACCUAGGAUUAAGGGCCACAAAUGUACAAGCACUUCCAGAAUCCAUCGGAAACCUACAAAAGUUGCUAACCCUAGAUUACAGAGGCAGUUUAAAGCCUAGUAUUUGUGAACCUUUACCCAAUGUUCUGUGGAAGAUGACAAGACUUCGACAUGUAUAUCUACCAGAGUUUGCAAUUUUAUCCAUGAAGAAAUUGGACCUCAGCACUUUACAAAACUUGCAGGUUUUAUGGGGUGUCAGCGGCGGUGAUUGGCUAAUGGAUGAUUUGGGUAAACUAAGUGUGCAUCUCGUAAAGCUGGGGAUAGUAAAUAUUUCAUGCAAUGAAGAGUUGGAUACAGUGGUGAAAUGGCUAAACUUAGAGCCUAAAAAGCUUCAGGUACUGAAACUGGAUUGGCAUAGGGCAAGACAAGAUAAGCUACUUUUUCCAGAAAACCUUAACUUUCAACAUCUACACAAACUUGCAUUCAUUGGAAGACUGAAAGAGGAAUAUAACUUCACACUCUUACCAUCACUAGUCAAGUUGGAACUGUAUUUCUCUCAUCUUACAAAAUAUGAUCCAACAGAAAAGCUGGGGCGCCUUCCUAAACUAGAAGUUCUUCACCUAUGGAAUUCCUACAGAGGGAUUCAGUGGAUUUGUGGUUCAAAUAUGUUCCCGAAACUCAAGGAGCUUCAAAUCUCUCACCUGCCGAACUUGGAGGAAUGGAGAGUAGAAGCAGGUGCAAUGCCACAUCUAAAGAGACUAUCAAUAUUUAGUUGUCGGAAGUUGUUAGGGCUCCCAAAAGGUCUAAGGAACAUCAACCUGCAAGAACUGGAGAUUCUGGAUAUGCCCAAGUCAUUUUGCAGAAGGCUACAGGAAAUCAAAGAUGAAAAUACAACAGUAGCAGAGGACAUCGAAAUCAUUCAAAACAUUCCUUACAUCAAAGUCGAGGCUUGUUAGGGAUUUGGAAGAAAGCGGCAAACGCUAGCAAAUCUACAGUGUGCUUUCCUCCUGAAGCUAUGCUCCAAUUGGUAAAAGAGGAUGCUUGAAAGAAAGCACUCCUUUCAUCAUGAUACCUUCUUUGCACCACAGCAUUAGAUCAAACUGUUUCUAUAAUUUUUGUUCAUGUCUCUCCCAGUUUUCAAUAUAACCCCCAUGAAUACUUCCAGUGAACCUUAAUAUAAAACUAUGUGUAUAUCAUAAAUUCAAAAUGCAUGCUAUAUCGCUAUCUGCACAAGCAAUCAAAUGACUUGAACUGAA